AUGUUAAAAUUAAUGGGAUUGUGGCCUGAUGGUGACACCAUAUACAAAUUUGAUUUGUAUGGUUUCUACUCGUUCAUCUCAGUCGUUGUGAUAAUGGGUUUGCAUAACUUUUUUCAAUUAAUAAGUAUUUUUUUGGCCUACAAGAACAUAGAAACUUUCGCAGAUAGCAUUUUCCUCACAACCACUGACGUUCUUAUAUCUGUGAAGACAUUCUUCUUUCUACGAAAUCUGAAAAUUGUGAAGAAGCUUACAGAUUUGUGGAACGAUGAAAUCUUUCAACCAAAAAGUAACAAUCAAGAUGAAAUAAUUCGAAGAACUUUAAACUUUUGGAAAAUGGUGUAUAUUUCGUACUUUUCGAUGGUUAGUGUGACGUCUUCCAUAUGGUUACUGAUUCCAGUUUUAACUAACACUGUCCGAGACAAACAACUACCCCUUAUCGCUUGGUACUUCUAUGAUAGCACAGUUUCACCACUGUAUGAGAUAACCUACGUCUAUCAGUCCAUCGGGACAGUUUUUCUGGUGAUAUCCACCAUAAAUAUGGACGCUCUUAUACUAGCAUUAAUGAGCUACAUAGUCGCUCAGUGUGACAAUUUGUGCGACUCUUUUAAAUAUAUUACCAUUGACAAAAGAUGCGACGUUAUUAAGACAAAAAUUGUGGAGUGUAUAACGCACCACAAAACAAUUUUGAGGUAUUCGAAACGGUUGUGUUAA